AUGUCUCUCCUGGCUACCUACUCCGCCGUGCUCUCGAAGUUCACGUACGAUGCCGCUGCUAACUUCUGGAAGAUAGAUCUAAGUAAGGUUCCUUGUAUGUAUUGCCUGGAAUACAUGGACAAGGACCCCCGAAUCCCUUGCAUCACCGACCAGUCGCCGAACUGUUGCCUACUGUGCGCCUAUGAUAAGAAGAAGUGUGGCUCUGCUAGAGCCCAGAUGAACCUCUCCGAGAUGACUAGUCAUAUCGCUACUACCGCCCCCGUCUAUAUUCGUGACGAUACUCCUACCCAGCUAUUGCUUAAGGCGAUCAAUCGCCUAGAUAGCGCCGAAAAUAACCCGAGAACCGAUAUCGAGGUUGAGGGUAGUGACCGUGAUAUUAUGGGUGGUCUCGGCGAGCUGUAUGACGUCGCUGAUCAGGCUGUCGAUGAUGGUAACCCCGGUCCUACUUGUCCUGUUUCCUUCGUUGGCCAGGGUCCUCGUCUCCGAGGCCUCGCCGACCCUUUGUCGACUCCUGGUGGCCGCAAGCGUGCUCGUCCUGCUGAUGGUGGCGAUAAUAACGAUGAGGCUCCCGAUCCUUCGCCGAGCAGACCCCCCAAGAGGGCCCGCAAGACUCGCAGCUAA